CCGCCUUCCGGAAGCACAGCGCCGAACUUCUCAACGGAAGCUUGGGACCCCGCGGCCGUGGCGGGCGGCGCGGCGGCGGGCGAGACCACCGAGGGGGACCGCGGCCUGGCUCCCACGCCGGCGGGGAGCAAGAUGGACGAAGCCGGCAACUCCGCGAGCGCCGGAGGCUUCCGCCCCGGCGUGGACAGCCUGGACGAGCCGCCCAACAGCCGCAUCUUCCUGGUGAUCAGCAAGUACACGCCCGAGUCGCUGCUGAGGGAGCGCUUCUCGCCCUUUGGCGAGAUCCAGGACAUCUGGGUGGUGCGGGACAAGCACACGAAGGAGUCCAAGGGCAUUGCCUUCGUCAAGUUCGCCCGCAGCUCGCAGGCCUGCAGGGCCAUGGAGGAGAUGCACGGCCAGUGCCUGGGCCCCAACGACAGCAAGCCCAUCAAGGUUUUCAUUGCUCAGUCCAGGUCUUCUGGAAGUCACCGAGAUGUUGAAGAUGAAGAACUUACAAGGAUCUUUGUUAUGAUACCAAAGUCCUACACAGAAGAAGAUCUGCGGGAAAAAUUUAAGGUAUAUGGAGAUAUCGAGUAUUGCAGCAUUAUUAAGAAUAAAGUCACUGGAGAAAGUAAAGGUUUGGGCUACGUACGAUACUUAAAACCAUCACAAGCUGCUCAAGCGAUAGAAAACUGUGAUCGAAGUUUUAGGGCCAUUUUGGCUGAACCUAAGAAUAAAGCAUCUGAGUCCUCAGAACAAGAGUAUUACAAUAAUAUGAGGCAAGAGGCUUUGGGACAUGAACCUAGAGUAAAUAUGUUUCCGUUUGAACAACCAUCGGAAUUUUCAGGUUUUGACAAAAAUGACAACAGAGGCCAGGAGGCUAUCUCUAAACGCUUGUCAGUUGUGUCAAGAGUUCCUUUCACUGAGGAACAGCUUUUCAGCCUCUUCGACAUAGUGCCUGGAUUAGAGUACUGUGAAGUUCAACGAGAUCCUUAUUCGAAUUAUGGGCAUGGAGUGGUUCAAUACUUUAAUGUAGCAUCAGCAAUUUAUGCAAAAUAUAAGUUACAUGGGUUUCAGUAUCCUCCUGGGAAUCGGAUAGGCGUUUCCUUUAUCGAUGACGGCAGUAAUGCAACAGAUCUCCUUAGAAAAAUGGCAACCCAGAUGGUAGCUGCCCAGCUUGCAUCAGUGGUGUGGAACAACCCAAGUCAGCAGCAAUUUCUGCAAUUUGGAGGAAGUUCUACAUCACAGUUGCCUCAAAUCCAGACAGACAUUGUACUUCCAUCAUGCAAAAAAAAGGCCCCCCCUGAAACUCCUGUGAAAGAAAGACUUUUUAUCGUAUUUAAUCCUCACCCUUUACCUUUAGAUGUGUUAGAGGAUAUAUUCUGUCGUUUUGGUAACCUGAUCGAAGUUUACCUUGUGUCAGGAAAAAAUGUGGGGUAUGCCAAGUAUGCAGAUAGAAUGAGUGCUAAUGAUGCCAUUGCGACUCUACACGGAAAGAUUCUGAAUGGAGUCAGGCUUAAAGUCAUGCUGGCAGAUUCCCCCAGAGAAGAAUCCAACAAACGGCAAAGAACCUACUGACUAUUGAGAACAGAGACUAAGUAUUGACAUAACCCUCAGCUGACUGACUGAAAAUGUGACUGGACGCACUCCCUGUGGACAGUUGACAGCUUUUUUUAUUUUUAAUUUUUUCCAAAUACUUGAUAGUUUGUGCACAACAUUGUUUUGUCUGGGAAGCAGAGGUUGCUCACAUGUAUUUUUGUGUUCAUAAGCCAAUGCUGAAACUAAUGCAGUAGUUUCUGAGAGCAAUAUGGUGUCAUGUGUAGCAGAAAUAAAGUUUUCUUAGAGCAAAUAUUGUUAUAUGUAGCAAUAAUAAAGGUUUUAUUGCUUAAAUAAA